CUUUCCAGUAACUUCCUUCCAAGAGUUGCCUCGUGUAGUGACACUACGAUACUUCACUCCAGUCCACAAUGAAGCACUGGACCGCCUUUCAGUAUAUUGCACUGUGCGCAUCCUUGUGCUCCUUACACCAGCACGUGAAGGCAUCAGAACGAGCUUUAUGGUCUGAAAGCUCUCUGCACAAUCCUCCACGGACGUCCAGAUGUGACGGUACGGACACUGUCGGAGCUGAAGAUGUUAGGGCAUGCAUCUUCCCUAAUGACACGGUGCCGUGUUCCGGAAGAGGACUAUGUAUCUGCGGCAUCUGUGCUUGCGAAGCUCGUCCGAACCCAGGAGAACACAUUUUCGGUAGGUACUGCGAAUGUGACAACUACUCGUGCGACAGAGUGAACGGAAUGCUUUGUGGAGGACCAGAACGAGGCUUCUGCGAGUGCGGAAAGUGCGUUUGCUUCCCGUCUUUCGCUGGACCUGAUUGCAACUGUCGCACUGCGAUCGACACGUGUGUCGCUCCGGAUGGGGUACUUUGCAGUGGGCGAGGCAUAUGCGUUUGCGGCAAAUGUCUAUGCCACGAAGGAGAGACAGGGCUGUACUGGGGCCAACAUUGCGAGUUCUUCCUGUAACUAAAUAUUGGAGAAAUGUAUGCUCCUUUUGCUUA